ACUCCCACAUUCUCUGUCGAGCAGUUUCAGAGAAACGAAACUUAACUCUGUCUUUACCAGUGUGAGCGGUAAAAUAGCAGCGGCCAUUAUUUGGGUGGGUCUGCGCAGAACCAGGAAAUAUCUCCUGCUCAUUCUCAUACAGAUUCAGAGAAACUACACUGCAUUCUGGGCUAAAACUAAUCUGUCUCAAUUUGAGCAGUAAAAUGGCACAGGCUGCAUGUAUUCUGGAUCAGGAGCAGUUCAGCUGCACGAUCUGUCUGGAUCUGCUGAAGGAUCCGGUGGCUAUUCCCUGUGGACACAGUUACUGUAUGAGCUGUAUUAAGGGCUGCUGGGAUCAAGAUGAUCAUACCGGUGUCUACAGCUGUCCCCAGUGCAGAGAAACUUUCACUCCAAGGCCUGUUCUGAAGAAAAACACCUUGCUGGAUGAAGUGGUGGAGAAACUGAAAAAGACAGGACUCCAAGCUGCUCCUCCUGAUCACUGUUAUGCUGGAUCUGGAGACGUGGCGUGUGAUGUCUGCACUGAGAGAAAGCACAAAGCUGUCAAGUCCUGUCUGAUGUGUCUGGCCUCUUACUGUGAAACUCACCUCCAGCCUCACUAUGAAUCUCCUGCUCUCAAGAAGCAUAAUUUAGUCAAAGCCACUGGAAAUCUGCUGGAGAAUAUUUGCUCUCAUCAUGACAAACUGCUGGAGAUUUACUGUCGUACCGAUCAGCAGUUUAUCUGUUAUCUGUGUACAAUUGAAGAUCACAGAGGCCAUGAAACAGUCUCCGUUGCAACAGAAAGGACUGAGAAACAGAAGCAGCUGGGGGCGACACAGAGUAAAUUCCAGCAGAGAAUCCAGGAGAGAGAGAAGGAGCUGAGGGAACUGAGAAGGGCUGUGCAGUCACUCAAGCGCUCUGCACAGGCAGCAGUGGAGGACAGUGAGCGGAUCUUUACUGAGCUGAUCCGCUCCAUUGAAAGAAGGCGCUCAGAGGUGAAAGAGCUGAUCAGAGAUCAGGAAAUGGUUGAAGUGAGUCGGGCUGAAGGACUCCUGGAGCGACUGGAGCAGGAGAUUGCUGAGCUGAAGAAGAAAGAUGGUGAGCUGGAGCAGCUUUCACACACGGAAGAUCACAUCCAUUUCCUCCAGAUCUCAAAGUCUCUCUAUGUCCCUCCUGGACUUGGAGACUUACCCAGCAUCACUAUCAGUCCACACAUCUCCUUUGAGGUUGUGAGGAAACGUGUCUCUGAGCUGAAAGAGCGACUGGAGGACGUCUGCAAGGGUGAAAUGUCUAAGAUCUCCAUGGCAGGCAGAGCAGUGGGCAUUUAUGGCUGCUCUACUGAGACCGGAGAGCCUUCAGAAGCCAGAGCCUCAGCAGCUGAAGUGAAGACCUGUCUCAUCUGCAUGAGGCCCUGGCAGAACAAGCUGAGGCUGAUAUGUACUCAUGCCUUCUGUGAAGCCUGUCUGCGUAGCUCUAUAUCUAGAGUGGGUCGUCAGUGUCCAGUGUGUCUAACAGCACUCACAGUGGUGGGAGACCAGCCAGAGGGACAGAUGACCGUGAAACAUAUGAAAGAGUUCUUUGGAAGAGAAUGUAUCUGUAUUACCUACAAUAUUCCCAGUGGAAUACAGACGGAGGCCCAUCCCAACCCAGGGAAGCCCUUUACUGGAAUCCAAACACAGGCCUGGUUAUCAGACCGAGAUUAUGCAUCAGGCACAUUUUACCUGUAUGACAAGGAUGUGCUGAAGCUGCUGGAAAGAGCCUUUGACCAGAAGCUGGUUUUUACUGUGGUUGCAACUGGUGGAGCUGCAGACAGAGUCGUCUUCACUAACAUCCCCCAUGCAAGAAACUUGUAUGAGUGCAGAGAUGUUCAUUUUCUGGCCACAGUAAAGGCGGCACUCAAUGUCAGAGGCAUUGAAUGAUUGGAUGAAUAGAGACAUCAGACCCACCCACUCAGUACAGCACCACCAAAUGGACGAGAAGAGAAACACUCAGAAAAACACCACAUUUACAAAGAGACCAAUAUGGACAGACAUUUAAAACCAAAUAUGAACCAGUCUGUUGCCUUUUGUCCUCUCUGGCUUUACGGAAUUUUUUUUGUAAAAUCACAUGACUCUUAUUUGUCCUAUUUUUAUAAAGUAUGUUAAAUAUGUUCUCCAUGUAAGAUAUGUAAGAUUAUGGUAUGGUCAGACCAUCCAACAUUGUUUUGGAACUUAUACAUUUCAAAAUGUAUGAAUAUAGAAAAACUACAUUUAGAACAUAUCUUCAACAUACCAGUGACCAAUUGGUUGUAAAAAUUAGGAAUAAAAAAUGUUCAAAAUUCAGCAAAAAUGAAUUAAAAAAUCAGUUACUGAAACUUUAAUACUAACAGGCAAAUUAAUUAUUGUAUUUAAUAUUCAGGGGCAUUCCAUGUCAUUUCUCACAGAAAGUGAAUUUUAACGCCCACAAUCUCAGGUGUUUCCUGUCGUUAGAAACAGAUAAAAUAAGCAUUCAUGUAACCUUAUUUUGUAGUCAUAUAAAUUGACCUGUGUGCUAAUUGAGGCACUCAAAUUAGGCCUUUUUUUUUUUUUUUUUUUACAUGGUUCACAUAAUAUUCUGUAAAUAAAGAACGCAACAUUCAAUUUGUACCAACAUUUGUUUCCUGGUGAUUAUUAAGAUGUGUGGAAUCCAAAUAAAUGGUCAGAAUCCACCCAUAGACCCUCCAAAUCCCACGGCAAUAGUAUAUAACAUCAGUUCUCAACGUUUGGUCCGUAUCAUGGAGCUAUGGCUCAGAGUAUGGCUUGUUCAUAGUAAUGCAUUCUCUGUGAAUAUGUUGUUGGUUAUUUUCCCCUGUACAGAUUAAUUAGGAUUCUACUGAGCAUGCUGGUCAGUGCACUUUCCCAGGACAUCACACACUGUGCACGGUCACACAUGCACACACACACACACACACUGACACACACACGUGCGCGCGCACACGCACACUCACACAAACACGCGCGCACACUCACUCACACAGGCACACGUGCACACACGCACACACACACACACACAAUAUAUAUAUAUAUAUAUAUAUAUAUAUAUAAAACUAUGCAUCAUACACACAUAUUGCCUAAGCUAUUUUCUACAUGCUAUGUUCAAUAGAAAAACGUAGCCUCUGGAACAGCCUGCCUGAGAAGCUGAGGGCAUCCCAAUCUGUAAACACCUUUAAAAGAAAUCUUACGACAUGCCUUUUUAGCUUAGCGUUCAUUUUAUUUUAUUUAAAUUUUUUAAUUAAAUUUUUUAUUUUAAAUCUUGUAGAUUAAAAUACAAUUUUAAUUUUAUUUUAAUCUACCCUCUAUAUUACCAUUUUCUUAUUUUCAAUGUAUUGUUGAAUUUUCAUUGUAUUGUUGUAUUUUCAUUUGUAUUGUUGUAUUUUUAUUGUGUUAUUAAGCACCUUGUAUUGCAAUUUUGCACAAAAGGCACUAUAUAAAUAAAGUUUGAUUGAUUGAUUG